UAACCUGUUGGUGCUACGUCGCUUCAAGCAUCGAACUUACGUUUAUCUGUACUGGCUAGCAGUUUCUGACCUGCUCACCAUGUUCUUGGAUUUCCUCGUCCCAUGGAGGGUGCUUAAGGCACCGGUGGUCCACGACUGGGCUUACCUGUUCUGCAAUGUAACACCCGCCACCUCGGGGUGGCUGGUUGCAACAAGCAGCUACAUUGUACUGGUGAUCACCGUAGAACGUUUCUACGCCGUCUGUUUCCCAAUGCAGAGCCGAACAAAUAGCGAGGGCUUCAACCCCACACUCGUUUCCGCUAUCUGUCUCAUUCUGGGGUUCAUAACCUUCUACCCGUCCAGGUACAUUCUGAUGACCCAGACCGUGGGUCUACAGACCGAAAGUGACUUCACCCCGAUAUGCUACGUUUGUAAAUACGUGAAGGUCGAUGGCUUCCUGUACGUUUAUUAUAAGAUACGAGGAACCCUCACGAGGACCUUACCGACGAUCAUUGUCGCCUUUCUCAACACGUGCACCGUCAUAAGUCUGAGACGGCACCAGCACAACAGGAGCUCGACCUUGAACCAACAACCUGGAGCUCAAGAACAGGCUGAAGAUCGCAUCAAACUCAUCAUCAUGUCGAUCACGACAAUCUUCGUGCUCUGCUACACGCCGACCUGCAUUAAGGACAUAUUCGCCCCACCGAACGGGGCAUCGUCGCUCUGGUACGAAACGUUCCGUCUGGGAGCGUUGUUGCUUCUUCACGUGAACACGGCGUGCAAUUUCUACGUGUACUGCAUGUGUUCUCCAGCCAUUCGCCAAGAGCUCCGGAAAGUUUUUUUUUCCGAGCUCUUCAAAAGCUCUCGUUGUUCUCUUAAGAGCACGGGCACCUACGGGACUGCCUCGACUUCGAGAGGCUCGGUCGGAUCUCUUCCGAAACAAUGA